UUGUAAACGCUCGAUCGAUUGAACAUCCACCACACGCAAUAUCCACCCCAUCUGACAUGCACAAUGUGAAUGUGACAUAACAAAUCUUAACAAAUCACAACAAACAUCGAACCACUGGCAUGACUGAGGCCUUCUAGAUAUCAUCAGUUUUCGUUAUGAUGUCAACAGUACUUCUGAGAGCACUCCAAGGUGCAAGAAGAGCAUCGCCUCCCAUACAGUCCAAACUUUAUCAAUGUGAUGACUUAAGAUCAAGAUCACGGAGCUGCUUAGCCUCAAUGGUCUUAUCUAAACAUUUAGAAUCAUCAGGUUUUUCGACAGGGGCUGCAAGGAUGAGAAAGCACGUCAUAUAUUUUGCAUGUUUGUCAAGACGACCUGGACAAAUUAAUUGUCUUCCUGGACUCGUACAGGGUACUUCUUCAAUUUUGGAAAAUGUUAACGUGUCAAGUUUCCAUACUUCAAGUAGUCUAAAUGGCUUCUUUAGCAGACAUCAGCAAGGGUUCCGGGAGGUGCCACGGCCAGCCUUAGCACUAGGCAUCGUUGGGUUGGUUCCGUUUGUUGUUCCAGCUGUGUACACUGCCGCUACUUCUACAAUUGGGCUCGACAUUCUGUGGGCUCAGGUGGCUUAUGGUGCUUCAAUCUUAUCUUUUCUCGGCGGUGUAAGGUGGGGGUUUGCCUUGACCGAAGGGCAAGGGCCUACAUGGUCUACGCUAAGCUACAGUGUUAUACCCUCCCUUAUUGCCUGGUUGGGGCUGCUAAUGCCCUUGCAGUCCAGUCAGUUGUGUGUUAUGACUGGUCUGCUAAUGGCUUGGGCAGUAGACGCAAACACAAAGGUAUAUCCAGCAUGGUUUAAGUCACUUCGACUUAUUUUAUCACUGGGUGCAUUGAUUUCCCUUGGGGUUACCUUUGGGUAUUCUCCAAUCUCUGCAGGGCAUAGAUCAAAUUUGAUAAAACUUGUUAAAAUUGUUCAAAUUAUUUUAGAGGAGUAGUGACAUUAUACACAUGUAUGGUGUGUUUGUGUUUUGUUUGAUAAAAACAAAAGGAAAGUUGGGGUACUUUGUGAAGUAAAUUGUUCAAUUGGUGUUGUAGGUGUUCCUUACUCGACAGGUUGGCGUACACCUUGGCAGUUUGGUUUGGUUUUGGAGAUACAUGCAGUAUUUUUUUAUUAAGGCGGUUCAGCAUGUUGACAAUUGCCUUGCUUGGAUGACAGGCCAUGUCAGAAUUGGUAGCUACAGCUAGAUUUAAGCAUCAUCGUCCCUUGAAUUAUAGUAGGACCUUAGCAACAGCUGUAUUAAUUUUGUGUGCGUUUUUUAAAACACUCGUUCAUCUUCACCAAAUUUUGUUUUUCUAUUUUACUGUGUUUAUAUUUAAAGACACUGGACACUACUGGUAAUUGUCAAAGACUAGU